UGGCUCUCAGCCUUUUCCUGCUGUCACUUGUUCUCUGUUGCUGCAGCCAGCCUGCUGUCAGAUUCUCCUCUGGAUUUAACCUGCAGGUCGUCUGCAGCUCUGGGAUCUACUGAUCUUUCUGGAGCUCCGUUCAGGCAGCAGAGAUGCAGAAUGUCGUCACCAACCUGGCGCUGGGGAAGCUGCAGACCUACUUCGCCAUCGUGGUGAUCUUCACCUACAGCAUUCUGCUCAGGACCGACUUUGAAUGCACCUGCAAGAGCACGCUGUACUACUGCAUCAUCUACGCCGUCACACCUGCGCUCAUAGCAACCGUCCUGAUGCUGUGGUCCAACCGGCUGUUCCAGAGGACCUGCAGCUACCGCUCCAGGUUCAAGAGCUUCAUCUGCUGCCAGGUGUUAAAGGCGGCUCUGGUCGGCCUCCUCUGGGUCGCGUUUCUCCUCAUCGACGGCGACUGGUGGGCCUGUUGCUUCAACAAGCUCUCUGAGAAGCAGGCGGCCUGCAAGGCCGCAACCAACAUCAGCGACAUAGAGAUGGCUGACCUCAAAAUCACGUCCAGGGUGAGCGGCUGCUGGCUGCUCUUCCUCAUCGUUUUCUCCGGAGCCAUGAGUUCCUGGACCAGAUGGAGGAGCAGCUGCAGCAAAGGAACGACUCAGUACGAAGAAACGCUUUAUUACAAACUGGUUCUGGAGGAGGAGGAGGCGGUUCUGAAGGAGGUUCUGAGGAAGUCCAUCAGAACCAAGCUGACAGAACAGAUCGAGACAAAAUGUAAGGUCAACUGGAAGGACUGCUUCAACGUGGCUGAAGAGGUCAUGAGAAACCAGAUAAACCAACUAGAGAAGAAGGUAACCAGGACAACAACGUUGAACUGGAUAAAAUACCAGAGGAAGCGGAAAAUUUGGUGGAUAAAGAGAAAAACACGAAACCCUGAUCAAGUUACACUUCGACUCCAGUUCAUUUUUAUACUAUCGAUCUCAGAAAUCUUAAAUAAAAAUAUUUUUCUGUUCCUUUGUCUUUUAUGGGAUGAGUUUUGUUUCUGUUUUAUUUUAGUUUUAGCUCUUUAGUUUUAUUGUUUUUAUGUUUAGUUAUUUCUUAGAUUUUUAUUCAUGUAUCAUUUUUCUCUCCUCGUUUCUAAUCAUCUGUUUCUUCUUCACUGAUCGACUCAGUAAAAAUAAACUUAUUCUCAGUUCCUCUCAGUAAAUCUCA